AUUGGUUGUAGUAAUACUAACGUAAUGCUCAUUAGUUUAAAAGUUUGUUUCUUUUGAGCACCAUCACUCACCUCACCAUAGCUUUUCCUUUCCAAUUGGGCAGAUUUUCCAAAAGCAAAAAGAAUCAAAACUCCACAGGCAAUCACCACUCCCCCUCCCUGCAUUUGCACCAACACCAAAUCAUCACUGUCUUCACAACACCAUGUGCAUGCCCCUCACUUCUUCUGCAUCUCCCUACUCAUAAUCAAGCUCAAGCUAUCUCUGCCUCUUAGGAGUUAACACUCUCCUCGUCAACAUAAAUUCACAAAACCCCAUGUUAUUGGAUUGGUCUCUCUGAACAACCUCUGAUUUCCAAAAGUUCAAACCAUGGAAUCUUCAUCCCUCAUCCGCAACAAGCUUUAACUAAGUUGAACCAUUUCAUGGAGAUUCAGCAAAGCGUGAAGCUAAUGGUCCACAAGAAAUGGGGUUCACCAAAAGGAACAGCAAAAGAAUCAGAGAAAUUCCCAGAACCAAUCACUACACCAAGGCUGAAAUGGAAGAAGCUCUUCUUCCACAGCAUCAUCCAUUCAAAACCCAACAACAACAGCAACAAAACCCAAAACUCACCACCAGAAGAGUUCCUCUGCCCCAUUUCAGGUUCCAUCAUGGCAGACCCUGUCAUCGUCUCCUCCGGCCACUCCUUCGACCGCGCCUCCGUCCAAGCCUGCAAGGAUCUCAACUUCACCCCUCAACUUCCUGAUGGUAACACCCCUGAUUUCUCCGCCGUCAUCCCCAACCUCGCCCUCAAAUCCUCCAUUCUCAAAUGGUGCCAAACCCAAACCACCACCACCACCGCACCCAACACCGCCACCACAGAGAACCGCGUUCGCACACUAAUGGCUUCCAAGCCGCCACCACCCAAAGACCCACCUGUGAAUCUCUUCACCCGCGCAGAAACCCAAGUCCCUCUGCGACCAACCCACCUCUACACGAGCUCCGAGGAAUCCAUAGCCACUGCAACUUCAUCAUCAACCCCGCCACUGCAAUUCUCAACCCAACCCAGUUGCUGCUACUCUUCUCCUUCUUCCUCUGAACUCGAACCAGCAACGACCCCUGAAGAAGAAGAAAUCGUGUCCAAACUGAGAAACCCACAAGUCUUCACCGUCGAAGAGGCGCUAGCUUCUCUCAGAAAGCUCACCAGAACGAGAGAGGAAACCAGGGUCCACCUCUGCACCACUCGGUUACUCUCUUCCCUUCGCUCCCUCGUUGUUUCCAAGUACAGCAACGUUCAGGUGAACGCUCUCGCCUCCUUGGUGAACCUCUCUCUGGAGAAGACGAACAAGGUGAGAAUCGUCCGGUCAGGGAUCGUUCCGCCGGUGAUCGAGGUGCUGAAGUACGGUGCCCCUGAGGCGCAGGAGCACGCUUCCGGUGCGCUCUUCAGUUUAGCUCUCGACGACGACAACAAAACCGCCAUCGGAGUCCUCGGCGCUCUGCCGCCGUUGCUCCACUCGCUCCGAUCGGAAAGCGAGCGGACUCGCCAUGACUCGGCCUUGGCGCUUUACCAUCUUUCCCUUGUGAGGAGUAACCGGGCCAAGAUGGUGAAAAUCGGGUCGGUUCCGGUUCUUUUGAGUAUGGUCAAGUCGGGUCAUAUGAUGGGUCGGGUUUUGUUGAUAUUGGGUAAUUUGGGUUUCGGGUCGGAUGGGCGGGCUGCGAUGUUGGAUGCGGGUGUGGUAGAGUGUAUGGUGGGGUUGUUGAGUGGGACCGAGUUGGUGUCCGGGUCGACUCGGGAGAGUUGUGUCGCGGUGAUUUAUGCACUGAGUCAUGGCGGGUUGAGGUUUAAGGCGGUCGCGAAGGCGGCCGGGGUGGUGGAGGUGCUGCAGAAGGUGGAGAAGUUGGGUAGUGAGAGGGCUAAAGAGAAGGUGAGGAGAAUAUUGGAGAUGAUGAGAGCUAAGGAGCCAGAAGAGGAGGAUGUGGAUUGGGAGGAGCUACUUGAGUCGGGGUUGGGUUCUCGAACUCGAAGCCGAUUCGGGAGUGAGUUGGACGAGUCUACUGCUAACUCGGCCGAGUUCUGAAAUUUUUCUUUUUUCUUUAUGUAAUUAUUGGUUCACUGGGCUCUCAUGUUGCUUGGUUUUUAUAUUUUCCAUUGUUUUUUGGUUUUCAAGUUGGACAGAGAAUUGGAAAAUGGAAAUACUUUUUUUUUACUCCUUGUUGUGGAUUUUACAUUUUACAGGGAUGAAAAUAGUGAUGGAUUUUCAGCUAAAUUGAGGAUGAGAGAAUUACUUGUGAUUAGUCUUAUGUAACUGGGGAAAUAAAGAAUGGGGAUGUUGUUUUUUUA